CUCGGUCGUCUACCGCACGCCGAAGACGCGCCCUUCAACUCGUACGCUAAACAGCACGAGCCUGCCUGCCUAUCCGACACGCGUGUCGACCUCCUGUCCGAGAUAUACAGCUGGGCAGACGGGCCAGAUGAGCGGUGCAUCUUCUGGCUGAGCGGCCUGGCGGGCACAGGCAAGUCGACCAUCGCCCGGACCGUCGCACGUAGGUACCACGACAGGCAGCGUCUUGCAGCCAGCUUCUUCUUCUCGCGCGGCGGCGGCGACGUUAGCCAUGCGGGCAAGUUCGUGACGAGCAUCGCGGUGCAGCUUACGCACAGCUUGCCAGCAUCGCGACAGCACAUCUGCGACGCUCUUGCAGAGCGCAGCAACAUCGUCAGCCAGUCGCUCCGCGAUCAGUGGCAGCAGCUCGUCUGCCGCCCGCUGUCGAAGCUGCACGAGCCCGGGCCAUAUGUCGUAGUCGUUGAUGCGCUGGACGAGUGUGACAGCGACGACAAUAUCCGCAUCAUCGUGCAGCUGCUGGCCGAGGCGCGGUCGUUGACAGGUGUCCAGCUGCGGGUGUUCCUGACAAGCCGGCCAGAAGUGCCAAUCCGGCACGGGUUCGGGCAGAUGGCGGAUGCGGAGCACAAGGAUGUUGUGCUACACGACAUCUCGCCGUCAAUCGUCGACCACGACGUAGGCCUUUUCCUCGAGCAUCACCUCAGAAUCAUUGCCAAAGAGUGCUAUCAGGCUGCCGACUGGCCGGGCGCAGAAGUGAUCAGACUGUUAGUGCAGAGUGCAAGCGGUCUGUUCAUCUGGGCGGCAACUGCCUGUCACUUUGUCCGUGAAGGGCUGUUCGCUGAUGAGAGGCUUCGCAUACUUCUUGCAGGCAGUGCUUCUAGUGAUCCAGUCGCGCCAGAAGAACAGCUCAACAAGAUGUAUGUCACAGUGCUACAGACCUCGAUUCGCCCCGGAUACAAUGCGCAAGAGAUGACCAUGUACUACAACAUGCUGCGACUUAUACUGGGAAGCAUUGUAGCAUUGAUUUCUCCACUCUCUGUCGGAUCCCUGAGUGCACUCCUCCUCAUACCAAAGCAUAAGGUAGACCAGAUGCUGCAGAAUCUGCAUGCUAUACUCAACAUCCCAGGAGACGCGAGACGACCGCUCCGUCUGCACCAUCCUUCGUUUCGUGACUUUCUGCUCGAUAGGAGGAGAUGCGGUGAGGACAACUUUUGGGUAGAUGAGAAAGGCAUACAUAAGACGCUGGCAUCUCGCUGCCUCGAGCUCAUGUCUGCGCCUAACGGCCUUCGGCAGGACAUGUGCAGUCUCUCAGGACCUGGGACCUUAAAAGGUGAGAUCGAUGCAGGAUCAGUUAGUAGCAACCUUUCACCCGAGCUGCAGUAUUCAUGCCGCUACUGGGUCGAGCAUCUCGAGCGCAGCCAGCACAGCAUCGCAGACGCAGACGCAGACGAAGUGCAAGAUUUUCUCCAGACGCACUUUCUGCACUGGCUUGAAGCCAUGAGUCUUAUGGGGGAGACAAGCCAGUGCGUGCGCUUGUUGACAAGACUGCAGGCGCUCGUGGGGCCAUCUGCAAGCGCCUGUGCAAGCUUCCUUCGCGAUGCAAACCGAUUUGUGUUGCGGUUCUGUUCGAUUGUAGCAGAGGCACCCCUACAGGUGUACUCGUCAGCGCUUGUCUUCGCACCAGAGACGAGCAUUGUCCGGAAAACGUUUGUGAAUCAGGCCAUACUAGCAGUGGAGAUACUGUCGGGCAGAGAGGCAGACUGGGACGCGUGUCGCAGCGUGCUGGAGGGCCAUUCAGACUAUGUCGAGGCGGUGGUGGUCUCGCGAGACGGACAGCUGCUGGUCGUCUCAGCAUCCUGGGACAGGACAGUGCGAGUGUGGGAGACGGCGACAGGCACGUGUCACAGCGUGCUUAACAGCCCAUCUCGGUACAUCAACCAUCUCGUUCUCUCGUCUGACGGUCAGGCACUGCAUACCAACAAAGGGGACAUUUCGCUGCCUCCUGAUCUAAACCUGACGUCACCUGUUCAGCAGGAAGAGCAACCUUCAAACCUCUCAGUAGAGGAUCAGUGGGUGCUACGCAAUACGCAGCGCUUUCUGUGGCUGCCCUUUGAAUAUCGGGCAUACAAAUCGGCAGUAUGUAAGGAUAUGGUCUGUCUUGGGUGUCCAUCUGGGCGCGUGGCUCUGCUUAGGCUGUGA